UGUCCGGGCUGCUGUGUUCGCGCAGGGAGAGCGUGCUCGGGUGGCUUGACAUGGCGGCAGCGGCGGCGACUGCAGCGACGAAGGGGAAUGGGGGCGGGGGGGCCCGGGCCGGGGCCGGCGACGCGGGCGGUGCGCGGAGAAAGAAGGGCCCAGGGCCUCUGGCCACGGCGUAUCUGGUCAUCUACAAUGUGGUGAUGACGGCCGGGUGGCUGGUUAUAGCAGUUGGUCUCGUCAGAGCAUACCUGGCUAAGGGUAGCUAUCAUAGCCUUUAUUAUUCCAUUGAAAAGCCUUUGAAAUUCUUCCAAACUGGAGCCUUACUAGAGAUUUUACAUUGUGCAGUAGGAAUCGUUCCAUCUUCUGUUGUCCUGACUUCCUUCCAGGUGAUGUCAAGAGUUUUUCUGAUAUGGGCAGUAACACAUAGUGUCAAAGAGGUGCAGAGUGAAGACAGUGUCCUCCUGUAUGUUAUUGCCUGGACAAUGACAGAAAUUAUCCGUUACUCCUUUUAUACUUUCAGUCUAUUAAACCAUCUGCCUUACCUCAUCAAAUGGGCCAGGUACACACUUUUCAUUGUGCUGUACCCAAUGGGAGUGUCGGGAGAACUGCUUACAAUAUAUGCUGCUUUGCCCUUUGUCCGACAGGCUGGCCUAUACUCCAUCAGUCUGCCCAACAAAUAUAAUUUUUCCUUUGACUAUUAUGCAUUCCUCAUUCUGAUAAUGAUCUCCUACAUUCCAAUUUUUCCCCAGUUAUACUUCCACAUGAUACACCAGAGAAGAAAGGUCCUUUCUCAUACUGAAGAACACAAGAAAUUUGACUAACUCCUGCUUCCUGCGUACCCCCAAAAAACAAACUUUUCAAUGACAAAAAAUGCUGCAGACUUUUUGAGUUCCCAAUACGUUUCAUAGAAAAUAAGUAAGAACUAUUUUUAAAAAUAUUAAAAAAAUAAAAACCAAAAUCCAGUGUCACACAGGCCUGGGAUUUUAUUUAAAACAACAGCGACAGCAACAACAACCACAACAACUCUUACGUAAAACAUCCUGACCGGUCCAUUCCAGCAUGCUCUUUGAACCAGACGUUCCCAGUAUUUCUGAAGGUGCUGGAAGGGGAUCUGGCCAUUUUAGAGCUGCCUGUUUCCUCCCUGUAUGUGAUUAGUAAAGAUCUGUAACACUAACUACCUGGGAGUUACAGUCGGAGUAAGGAAGUUGUACCCACCAAAUGCCCACCUCACAGUAGAGUUCCGUUCCGGUCUGCAGUGUGUUUCGCAUUCCCUUUCCAAAGUGCUUGACUGCAUGCUGGAAACCGUAUUUUUGAAGUGGCAAACUGUGUUCUCUUGAAUGUUAUGAAGUUCUGGCUGGGACCUAUCCCCUCCUACCUAGUGAAUGAAUUAUACCACGUAUAUGUCUGUGAAGCUUUGGGGUAGUACCUGUAACCGGAAAACAACUAGAACACUUUUGUUUGUUUUCAGUUGAGUCAUUACUGCCUGCCACUGAGGAACAUGCUUGAAUUUAUUAAGUAUGCGUACUUCAUAGAGAACCUAUCUUAUCUAGGGCUCAGUCUCGAUCAUAUUUUAACCCAGUGACAGUUCUCAGAAAGGGAAGGCUCACUCGCUGGUAAAUGACAAGUACCUUUCACUGUGUCCCUCUCAGAACGCCUCUGAGUAAUGUAUUUACCCAUAGCUCUUCUCCCUUAGGGACCCAAAGCCAGGCAAGUCACAUAAGGGGUAGAGAGUCUGUAAUUGAAAGCACAUGGAAGGUGUUACUUUAGAAAUACAGACCUGAAGAACAUUUAGGAAUAGGUUUCUACACCCUUAUUACUUUAUUUUUAGAUUUCAUUCAACUCUUCUGUUAGGAUACUUUGCCUAAUUAUGGUCCUGUGUAAUUCCCACCAAGCUGUAAGUCCAGAGUGGUGAAGUGUUCCAGUCGGGCAGACAUGAGCUAAAAGCAGUAUCAUCUCCAUGUGUUGGGGCUAAGAAAUACUUGAGUCAUGUGGACCUUGUCUAAUUACUGUCCUGUUUUCAUACCAUUUAAUUGCUCAACUGUGCAUUUAAGGCUCUUCAAGAGAGAGCUGAUGAAAAUGUAAAGCCCAAGUUCAGAUGUGCAUUAAAUUUUAAACACA